AUGUCAACAGAUGACAGGAAAGCAAUGAAAAUGUUCGAGGAAACGUGCGAGAAAGUAGGGGACCGUUACGUCAUUGGUCUCCCGUGGAAAAGGGAUCCAUUGGAACUUCCUGACAACCGUCCACUUGCAGAGAAACGUUUGAUGUCCUUGGAGCGCAGUCUACUGAAGCAGCCUGAAAAAGCAGCACUUUACACCAAGACAGUGAACGAGUACCUGGAAAAAGGUUGGGCUGUCCCAGUUAAGCCAAAUGAAUUAGAAAUAAAGCCAGCGUUCUACCUACCUCAUCAUGGAGUGUAUAGGCCCGAGAAAGUAAGCACACCACUCCGUGUAGUUUUUGAUCCAGCCUGCAACUACGACGGAGUUUCACUCAACUCUUUCCUGCACAACGGCCCAAACUUGAUUGGUGACCUACUUGGAGUGCUUAUUCGCUUCAGGGAAGAUUUGGUAGCCAUAGUUGGAGACAUUUCAAAAAUGUUUCUACAGGUGUUACUCAAAGAGGAGGAAACCCAUGUACACCGCUUCAUGUGGAGGGACUUGGAUGUCACAAGGAAACCAGAUGUGUACAGAUUGACAAGAGUAACCUUUGGUGACAAGCCGUCACCUGACAUGGCCAGCUUCGUCAUCCUCAAGAUUGCGCAGGAGUAUCAGAACACAUACCCGGACACAGCUGAAAACCUAAAGAAAGAUCGGUACAUGGACGACAUGAUACAUUCAUGCCCAUCGGACAACACAGCAGUCCAGAGAAUGUCUAGCCUAGAUAAGAUGCUUGGAAGUGGUGGUUUCAGGAUGAAAGAAUGGUACUGUUCAGCUAUCACGAGGAAACCUGAGAUGGGAGAGAGCCAUGGUACCAAGCCAGGUAUCAAUAUCAACCUUAGCCAAGACAGCAUCAAGACACUAGGUGUUGGCUGGAAUCCAAGCACAGACUCCAUUUUAUUCCAAGUGAAGGACCUAGGACUAGAUGGCUUUACAAAACGCCUAGUACUGUCAAGACUUUCAAUGCUAUUUGAUCCUUUGGGAUUAGCCACACCAGUCACAAUCCGUGCCAAGUGCGCAAUGCAGGCCAUUUGGAGGCUGGAGAAUGUUGGUUGGGAUGACACUCUGCCCACUGAACAUACUGAAAUGUGGCGCGAAAUCUUUCAGGAGUUGAAUGAGCUGGAGACCAUCAGAUUGCCAAGAUGCGUAAAGCCAGUGGAUGCCAUAGAGGGAACAGCUGAGUUACAUACCUUUGCUGACACAAGCAUAAAGGCCUAUGGAGCCGUCGCGUACAUGGUCUGGUCCACACCCCAGGGCCCAUCCGUCCGUCUAAUGGCUGCAAAAGCACGAGUCGCUCUGCUCCGUCAAACCACAAUUCCUUGCCUGGAAUUGAUGGCAGCGCCUCUUGCCGCAAGAUUAGCACGGACCAUCCACAGUGAACUCAGGAUUAAACCAUCUGUCCAUUUCUGA